AGCAACACCGGGAGCUCCCAUUGGUCCCUCGCUGCCCAGCCAAUCGGCGGUGGUGGCGUUGGGAGGUGCCGGCGUGUGGUGAGCGGUGGAGAAGGGAGAAACUGCGACCAUGCUCCGCCGGCAAGCCCGGGAACGCCGUGAGUACCUGCAGCGCCGGGCACAGGAGGAUCGGCUUCGGAGACAGCAGGAUAAGAAAGAGAGACUGCGGCAGGCGCUGGAUGAGAACCGGCUGCUGCCCACGGAGCUGCGGCGCGAGGCCUUGGCCCUGCAGAAGGAGCUGGAGUUCGACACGCCGGGGGUGUGGGCGGUGAACACCUCUGGUAGCCAAGAUGAUGAGUACCGGUGGGCGGGGCUAGAGCCCCCCAAGGUGAUGGUGACGACCUCCCGUGAGCCCAGCUCCCGCCUCCGUGUCUUUGCCAAGGAGCUGUGCCUGCUGAUCCCGGGGGCACGGCGGAUGAACCGGGGCCGGGCGGAGCUGGGGGCGUUGGUGGGGGCGUGCCGGGCCGCCGGUGUCACUGACCUCCUGGUGCUGCAUGAGACCCGGGGGAGGCCUGACGGGCUGUCCCUGUGUCACCUGCCCCACGGCCCCACGGCCCACUUCACCCUCAGCGGGGCGGUGCUGCGGCAGGAGGUGGGGGGGCUGGGGGGGGCCCCCCUGGGGGCUCCCCAUCUCCUGCUGCUGCGCCUCGACUCCCCCCUGGGACGCAGGGUGGGGACAAUCCUGAAGCACCUCUUCCCCGUCCCCCGCCCUGACAGCCGCCGCGUGGUGACGUUCGCCAAUGAGGAUGAUGUCAUUUUAGUCCGAAACCACGUUUACCGGCGUCAGGGGAGGACGGUGGAGCUGGAAGAGGUGGGACCCCGGUUCCAGCUGCGCCCCUACCUGAUCCGCCUGGGGACCCUGGAGCAGGGGGACACGGCCGACGUGGAAUGGCGCUGGCACCCCUACACGGCCACCGCCCCCAAACGCCGCCUGCUCAGCGCCCAAUGACCCCGGACGCCUGGGUGCCCCCCCCAGCCACUUGGGUGCCCACCCCUGGGACUCUUGGGUCCCUCAAUAUCUUGUUUUUGUUUGUAAUAAAUUUUUUAAUUCUCUUA